AUGAGGUCGACAUCUUUUGGCAGUGCGGACACGGGUCUUCAACUUGGAAAUAAUCAUGACCGGCCGGUAAACUCAAUACAGAAGACAGACAAUGAGCUGCUCAGGUCCCUAGCAUUUCCACAGAUGCUAGAUCGGAGGGAUAAUAUCGAGCCAUGUCACACGAAUACCUGCCAAUGGAUAUUAGAGCUGGACGAGUAUCAGUCCUGGAGGAAUCAGUCCUGCGGUCUACUAUGGGUUAAAGGAAAGCCGGGUGCGGGAAAAUCGACCUUGAUGGCCUUCCUACAUGACAAACUCAAAGAAUCACAGGACGGCAUUCAUGGUAUUAUUCGACUCGAUUUUUUCUUUACCGCCCGAGGCACGGAGAUGCAACGUACACCGCUUGGAAUGCUUAGAUCUUUAUUGAACCAAAUUUUCGACCGUGACGCGACCAUACGCCCUCAGGUGCGCGAUAUCUAUGAACAACGAUGUAGACAGUUUGGGUAUGGAGAACGCAAGUGGGAGUGGCCGCAAACGAUACUUGAAGAGUUAUUGGCAACUGCUAUCCUAGCAUCAGCCAACGAGCAGCCUGUGAUUAUCUUUGUGGAUGCUCUAGAUGAGGCUGGGGCUGAGCCUGCCCAAAAGCUUGCAGCAUAUUUCCACCGUCUUAUUGAUCGUGCUGACAAAAAGAAGCUAACCCUUCAAGUCUGCAUCUCUUGUCGACACUAUCCUAUCUUGGAAAGUGCCCGGGCAAAAGCGAUAUAUGUCGAAGACCACAAUCAAGAUGACAUUGCUAUAUAUAUCAAGGAUAUGCUUCUUGAGACAGAGUUGGAAGAUGUUCCUAAUCUAGAGAUGAGAGAGGUGCUGGUAGAGGAAUUGACCCAGCAUACCAAGGGUGUGUUCCAAUGGGCCCAUCUUAUAAUUCCCCUUAUCAAGCAAAAAGUUAUCGAAGGGGAGUCAAUCAGCGAUAUCCGUGAUUGGUUGGGCGAUAUCCUAGCCAAUCUAGAAAACGUCUACGUGUAUAUUCUGAGCAACGUGAUCACGGCUAGGAAUCGAGACCAAUCAUUCCUAUUAUUUCAAUGGGUAUGCCUGGCCGAACGACCCUUGACUAUAGUUGAAAUACGAUACGCAUUGGCAGCUCAGAAUGCCCAAAUAAUGUCGUCUCAAAUCGAAUGGGAGAAGCUUCACGGCUUUGUGGAAAGUAAUAAACGCAUAAAGCUAAGAGUCAAGGCUCUUUCUGGUGGACUGGCAGGAGUCGUCUCAAGUAGGAAUGAUAAGGAAACCGUACAGGUGAUUCACCAGUCGGUCAAUGAUUUCUUACGCGUAAAAGGACUGGCCCUUUUAUACCAUGGCUUCAGCGCUAGCAUGGGAUCCGUGGGUAUAGACAAUAUUCUCUUUCAGUCUCAGGCAACUCUCUACCAAUCGUGUCUAAUAUAUCUUGCCACGAUCUGUUCAAACAAACAAAUGAGUAACUUCCGGGGCUCAAAGGAGAAGCUUAUUUGUGAUCUCCCGUUUGUGAACUAUGCGACCAUCAAUCUCUUUAUUCAUGUAGAAAAAGCCGCCAGCUUUCGAGGUACCUUACUGCAGGAUGAAAAAGACAUCCUACAAAGAAUGAUCAGUUAUUGGGUUGAAAUCUACCAACGCCUUGAUACUUAUGGCAAAGCAUGUCCACCAACAGGCACAACAACUCUACAUAUGGCUUCCGCUGCGAAUUUGAUCGACGUGAUAACAUCAGUGUUGUCCGAUGGCGAGGAUACUGAGAGGAAAAACGAGGUUGGAAAUACAGCGUUACAUUUCGCAGCUCGAGCAGGACAUACGAUGGCCGGCAAAAUACUACAGGAGAGAGGAGCAAACAGAGAAGCAAAAAAUAACAAUGCAUCAACGCCUUUAAUGGAGGCUACUAAGUGUGGACACUUGGGGUUUGUCGAGUGGCUCCUAGAUGAAGGUGUGGAUAUCAACGUGACGGCGGGUGGCUCUUGUGCUGUUUCCUUGGCUUCCAGAUCCCGGAAUGGCGAUCUUCUGGAGUUGCUCCUUGGCUAUGGAGGAAAUGUUGAAACCGCACUCCAACACCUGGAUUCAGCAGAUGACCGAAUAUAUCUGAAACAACAUGCGCUGGAUUUCGCUGCAGCUACAGGAAAUCAGAACAUGGUGAAGUUUCUGAUCUCAGCAGGAGCCAACGUGAAUUAUGCGUCGAAAUCAGAUCUAAGAGUGCCUUUACAUCUAGCAGCUGAGUCUGGUCAAAUUGACGUGGUUACGACAUUACUUAAUGCAAACGCAGACCCCACAAAGGAAGAUAGCUUGUCUCGGGGUGUUCUUCACUAUGCUAAUCUUUCUGGUUCAACUUCGGUUGCUCGAGCUCUCGAAAGCGCAAUCGGUCAAUACAACAAAGGAUUCGAGCUUGGACUGUGCUACAAAGCUAAGACCGGAGCAUUUUCAGUGUACAAGGUCCAAAUCACCAAGAGAAUGAGCGACUACACUCUCUUAUCUGACAUCCUUCACACAUACAAACAAAGGCGUUGUCAAGGGUUGCGCCGAUAUUCUCUGAAGGGCCUGUCAGGUGUGAAGCCCGUCAAGUAUGAAUUUAUAAACUCGGAUUCCGACCAACCAGCUAUCACUGAAGAUUGCAUACCUCUGUCAAAGCUACUCGCAACAUAUGCCGGCCAAGCGCAUCUCUGCUUCAUCGUUAUAAAUCCUCCGGAAAAGAGCAAGGAUCAAAGCAUAUGGGUGGAAACCCUCAUGCAAGAGCUCUCCGAGGAGCAUAGCUUUGGCCUUCUUUGGCUUGAGAGUUGGGUUAUCAAAAGGAUCACAGUCCUUGCUGUAACUUGUGUUGUGGGCGCUGGGGUAAUCGGAAUUCUGUGGGCGACGAUUUUAGACAAGACCUCCGAUGGAUUUGCGAUCACGGGAUGUCUGAUUGCUGCCGAGGCCCUAGCUAUUAGUCUCAUGCUUUUUGAGGCUCAACUUCGACCAGCUAACUAG